CGUUGAUCGGCGGGACGGAAGUUGUUAUUGUGAUGAGAGUACACCUUUCAGCUGCUGAUGCGCUUUUCAAAACAAUUUAUUGGAGUCGACAGCGAAGCUGAACAUUUGAUGGAAGUACUCAUUAUGCAUUCAGACGGGUCUUAGGCUUUUUAAAACAGACUGUCGUCUCUCUUAGAACAAAGGCUCAUUGAAUCUUAGCGGCAACGGCUAACAUCUGAACACGUUACAUGAAAAUCUCAGGCUAACUGAAACGAAUUAAUGCGGUCACCAUGCCGUCUUACGAAGAAUGGAGAAAAACAAUUCACUUCUAUUAUUUUUUAAAAUUCUCUCUAAAUGUCUAUUCAAUGCUUUUCUCGUUGCUUGGUCUGUGCGUGCUUUGUAUCGGAGUGUAUGCAGAAGUGGAGAGGCAGAAGAAUCGGACCCUGGAGGGGGUGUUUUUAGCUCCUGCUGUGGUCCUCAUACUGCUGGGUCUCGUCAUGUUCAUUGUGUCUGUGAUGGGUAUGGUGGGAUCCCUCAGGGAUAACAAGACUCUGCUGCACAUGUUCCUGUGUGUGCUGUGUGUUCUGCUGGCUCUCCAGGCUCUUGCCCUCAUCAUUGCCCUGAUCUUUGAAAAGACGACAAUCAAAUUGUUUCAGAACAGUAUACGAGAAGGAAUCAAGCACUACUAUGAUGACCUGGACUUCAAAAACAUAUUGGACUACGUGCAAGAGAAGUUGUCUUGUUGUGGAGGAGAUGAGUACAAGGAUUGGGAAGUAAACCAGUACCACUUCUGCAAUGGCACGAGUCCUUUGGCCUGCGGUGUUCCCUACACCUGCUGCAUCCGACAAAGUGUCGGAGAAGUUGUGAACACACUCUGCGGCUACAAAACUCUCAAACAGCAGCGUGAAACUUUAGAUGGCAUAAUUCAUGUGCGUGGCUGUAUCCAUGCUGUGAACCUGUGGAUGGGGGACAACAUUGGAGCUACUAUUGGAAUCUGCUGUGCGGUUGGACUACCACAGCUCCUUGGUAUUCUCCUGAGCUGUAUCUUCUGGAAUCUUUUGGUGGAGAUGAGUGAAUCUGAAGACAUGGUGGACUUUAAGAUCCUGAAACGUGCCGGUUUCAAGUACAGAGAACUGGACCUCUCAGGUGCUGGAUGGUGUAUGUGUCUACCUCGUGACGGAGGCUACCUGCCUGUUCCUGUAGCAGAAUCUGACAGCUGGGCUCCAGACCCCAUCCGUUUUGACCUGGAACAAGAACAGCCCAAAAUAUCCUUUAAGCAUUCACACCUGAAGAGUCAAAAAGCACAAUCAGGUAUGGGGAUGGAUGAAGUGGACAAUCGGGCUUAAGAGGCUGCAUCUUAAUUUUUUUUUUUAUUUAAUUGUGAUUAGUAUAGAAAAAGUUCACACUGUGUGUUAACAUAAAGUGAGUUAGUUGCACUAAAUGUUUUUAGGCAUGAAAAAAAGGAGAGGUUUGAUAAAACGUUUGA